AUCUGCACUGUGAUUGAGUGUUUUCUGUGCUGCUGCUGCUGGUCGCUGGAGUCUGUAACACUAAUGACUAAUGUGGUUUCUUAACUCACGCCCGCAUUUCAGAGAAGCUGCCCUUCAGGUUAAUAUAGUUUAGGCUUCAAGUCGUCAGGAUGACGCGGAUUUUCUGGGAUACAAUUUUUCUCAUAAGCGGUACUUUUAGUAUGUCUGUGGUACUCAAUGGUUCCCUCUUUACAUUUGGAGCAGGGCCAAGCAAUUCAACAAUUAUCGAAGCUCGCAUUUCCAUCGACACAAACUCCACUGCUGCUCCAAAUACCUCCGCUAGCAGCUCUGCAACAAACAGCAGUGCAAGCACCACAACUAUUACAACUACAACUGACAUCCCUACGGUUAAAAAUUCCCUCUUUACAUUUGGAGCAGGGCAGACCAAUUCAACAAUUAUUGAUGCUGGCAUGUCCAUUGAUACAAAUUCCUCUGCAAACGCCUCAACAAGCAGCUCUGCAACAAUCAGCAGCAGCAGUACCACUACCACAACUACAGCAACUACCACCACGAGCAUCCAUCCUGUUAAAAAGUUCGUGGCGGCGGCUGUUCGGUCUCAUUUCGACGACUGUCCAGACUCUCACCGCCAUUUCUGCUUCCAUGGCACAUGUCGCUUCCUGAUAUUAGAGGAGACGCCUGCAUGUGUGUGUCAUCCAGGCUUUGUUGGGAUGAGGUGUGAACAUGCAGACCUGCUCGCUGUAGUAGCAACUAAUCACAGACAACAGACCGUUGCCACAGUGCUGGUGUUGUGUGUUAUUGGGUGUGUUCUGAUCAUGGUGAUGUGUACACUUUUACAUUGCUGGUGGAGGCAAGACUGUCGCAGGCGGAGAUACGCACAUCACUACAUCCCAGAGAAGCACGGAGCAUCCUGCUAUCCAUCUGAGAGUGUGGUUUGAGAACACAUCAUUGCUGGAACAUGAGCUAUUUGCAUCAUGGCAUGUUUAGUUUUUCUCAUCUGUCCGGCCUGCUAACCCUCAGGAUGGCAUGCAAUGUGGUAUUCACAUGUUCUGCGGACCUGGCCAGAGACAAAGAAGCUUUAUCUUCAG